AUGGCUGGAAUGAGAAGAUCAAAUGGUAUGGGGAAGAGAGUAAUUAGAGAAAUACUGUAUACACUUCAGGUGCCAGAGACUGAAGACACAAAAAACACAAAACAAGGGUGUGGUGGUUCCCCCGUGAGGCACCAGUUCGAAUUCAGCAUCGACUCCUUCCAGAUCAUCCUGGACUCGCUGCUGCUCUUUGGCCAGUGCUCAUCCACACCAAUGUCGGAGGACUUCCACCCGACUGUGACAGGCAAGAGCCUAUAUGGGGACUUUGCUGAGGCCUUGGAGCAUCUGCAGCACCGCGUCAUUGCCACCCGCAGCCCUGAGGAGAUCCGCGGCGGUGGCCUCCUCAAGUACUGUCACCUCCUGGUGCGAGGCUUCCAACCAAGGCCCAGCACUGACGUUCAUGCCCUACAGCGUUACAUGUGUUCCCUUUUCUUCAUCGACUUUCCGGACCCAGUGGAGCAGAGGCGCAUUCUGGAGCGCUACCUGGAGGCCCACUUUGGCGGAGCAGAUGCAGCCCGCCGGUAUGCUUGCCUUGUGACACUGCACCAGGUGGUCAACGAGAGCACAGUGUGCCUCAUGAGCCACGAGCGCUACCAGACCCUGGACUUUAUCACCAUGCUAGCCCUCCAGGCGCUAGCUGAGCAGGGCCCUACUGCCGCUGCUGCCCUGGCCUGGAGACGUCCGGGCUCUGAUGGAGUCGUGCCAGCCACAGUUAAUUACUAUGUGACCCCCAUGCAGCCCCUGCUGCCCCAGGCUCACUCCUAUCCCACCUGGCUGCCUUGCAACUGA